CACCCCAGCCAUAACACCCAACCCGUGCAAACCCCGUCCGCCUCAGCAACCCAGAUGCAACCGUGCGGCGCAUGUGCCGGACCUGUGUCUCGGGAGCGGCCCAACAGCCUGACCCAGCCCGGCCGGGCGGCGGCCCGAACAAGAGACCCCACACAGACCCCCGUCGGUAGUUCGCCGACUUACUGUGCGGGUUGUUUGAGUGCCCCUAGCUGGCUGGGCCACGCGGGUGCCACGGGGCGCUGGGGAGGAUGAGGGUGAGGAGGGGAGAGGGAUGGUUAGGUGCCUGCCUGUUGGGAUGUGAUGUCGUGGCGUGUUCUGCUAAUUGCAGUUUUGGUGUGCUGAGGGCAACGGGUAUGGGAGGUCGGAUAUGUGUUCAUACGCAGAAAACCUGUGUGUGCAUGUCUGCAUCGCUCCCAAACCAGGUACAUCCAGGCACGAGACAGGGGAACAACUACACAAAACCGCAGCAGCAGCAGGGAUGCAAGCACAAAACUCGGAGUUGGGCUUCAGAUUGCGCGGCCGCGGCGGCGUGUGGGCGGCCCGGGGCGGCGGGUUUGGGGGCGGGUUGGUGGUGCUGAGAUCUGGGUGGG